AAAUCAUGGCAACAAAAGUACAUCUCAGUCAACUCGUUCAGAUAGCCGAGAUCAGCAGAACCUGACUGUCAAUUUUAAGCGAGCAGAUGACAGCACUCAGCAUGAUGGCUCUUCUAAUGAAAGCUCAGCUGCACUGAGCCCAAACCUUAUUCCCUUGCCAGACUUCCAGCAGACUAAACAGAAUCUCUCUAGCAGCAAGGAUUUAACCAACACCAACUUACCGCUUCUUCCCAGCCCACGUCUAAACUCCAAGGAAGCACAUUCUAAAUCUAAAGCUGAUUUCCAGGUCGAUCAGAAAGUUGCAGAAGGUCCAGGUGCAAAAUACUUAAAACCCAAUACCAAAUCUCAGCAGAAUCGACACUCGUUUGUAGAAAUGCCACAAAGUAAAACUGGAACUCUACCAAUUGAAAAACCUAGCCGUCACAGUUACAUAGAACCAGUACAAGGCUCUGUCUCUCAGCAGUCAAAAAACCCAGCUGUUUUAACACCAUCCAAAACAUAUAGGACAUUGAGUGAUUCAAGGUCAGUUGGAAACCUUAGUGACAUGAAAAUACAUGGGGAGGAUCAGACAUCCAGAUAUUUCCCUUCAAGCUGUUUGGAACUCAAUGCUUCAAACAAUCCAACUGGACAAACAGAAAACAGGCCAAUGCAAAAUCCACCUGCUACAGCCACCUCUAUAAGUAAAAGCCUGGAAUCCCGCAAACCUGCCACAAGACACUCAACAAAUGAAGAAGAGCUAAAAGUUCCUGCCAGUAUUGAAGGGGGUCAUUCACAUUCAGUAUCUGCUCCACAUGAAUCUUUUCCUUACGACUUAAAUUAUCCCAGUCCUUAUGCCUCCAAACCACGUUCGCAGAGACACUCUAUGUAUAUCCCAAGGAAACAACUAUCUGAAAUUAGCUCUGGAGGUGUGGGACAGGGAAUGCCUGCUAGGACAAAUAGUUUGCAGAUGUUGUCUCCUCAAAUGCAACAUGCUCGGACCCCUCUCACGAGAGGUUCUGUGGGCUCCUCUCGUGAGGAUUGUACAGAUACCCCUGGGCUGGAGCAAUCCUUAUCGGAUGGAAAACAUAGCCGACCACCAAUCAAAGAUUCUACUAGGGAUAAUGCAAUGUCAUUCCACAGCCAUCAACAUCAGAUUGAGCCUGCAGGAUAUCAUGAUAUUCACUUAGAAGAUGGUCUAUCCACAAAAGAAAAUAAGUAUGUGUUUUCUGAUACAGUGCCCAGGGAUAGACGAGUACGAAGCUAUUAUGAAGACUAUUCUUCAUUGGAAGGCACAUUCAGUGAGAGAGGUCCAAUUAAUGUAUCAAUUGCCAGUAACUCCAAGUCAAAACACUCCAAAAGACAUACAGCUUUUGAUCUUUGGAAAAGUACCGAGAAUCUUAACAUAAAUCCCCCUGAACAAACUAAGGAAAAGGGAAAGGGUUUCUUCAGAGCAAUAAAAAAGAAAAAGAAGAAAUCACAAACUGUAAGUUUUUAUUGCUCUCUAAGAGUAUUUAUAAUGGAUUGAGGAAUGGAUGGGGGUGUUCGGUGGUUAUUGUUUUAUCAACUUAGCUUAUUUUCCUAGUGUUGGUUUUGUGUGUACAAGCCCAGAUCUAAUCCCUUGAGGGUCUCUGGUGUAAUUGUCAGAUUAAUGCAUUUCCCCGGAAUUGUUCCAAGUG